AUCCCCUCGUUGCCAGGGCAGGAAGAAGGCGGGGCGUAUCCAGGUUACGGGGCCGCUAGCUCGUCGGCGCUAGGAGGGGAAGGAUGGAGGAGGCCGGAGCGGCGGCCGCUGGGGCAGGGGCCGGAGCCGGAGCCGCGGCCGCCGAGUCGGAGCUGAACCUGUCUCGGCUAGGCGUGUCCCCAGAGGCCCUGGCGCAGGAGCUGGAGGUGCGGGCCGAGGAGCGGCGAGGCUCCCGGGAGACGCAGCGGCUGCUGCUACCGCACAACCGGCUGGUGUCGCUGCCGCGGAGCCUGGGCGCCAGCUUCCCGCAGCUGCAGCUGCUCGACGUGAGCGGCAACGGGCUGGUGGCUCUGGGGCCCGAGUUGCUGUCCCUGCGCUGUCUGCGCACGCUGCUGGCCAAGAACAACCGGCUCGGAGGCCCCGGCUCGCUGCCCAAGGGCCUGGCGCAGGCGCCGCUCUGCCGCACCCUGCAGGUGCUCAACCUCAGCGGCAACUGCUUCCAGGAGGUGCCCGCCGCGCUGCUGGAGAUGCGGGCGCUGCAGACGCUCAGCCUGGGCGGCAACCAGCUGCACACCAUCCCGCCCAAGAUCGAGAAUCUCCAGAGCUUAGAGUUUUUGUACCUCGGAGGGAAUUUCAUCAAGGAGAUCCCACCUGAAUUAGCAAACCUGCCUUCUCUAAAUUAUUUGGUGUUGUGUGACAACAAGAUUCAAAGUGUGCCUCCUCAGCUAGCCCAGUUGAAUUCUCUUCGUUCCCUUAGCCUCCAUAAUAAUCUCCUGACAUACCUGCCUCGGGAGAUCCUUAGCCUAGUUCAUUUGCAAGAGUUGAGUUUGCGAGGUAAUCCCUUGGUGGUUCGUUUUGUCAGAGAUUUAACCUAUGACCCUCCAAGUCUCCUGGAAUUGGCUGGUCGGACCAUUAAAACCCGAAAUAUUUCCUACACUCCUUGUGACCUUCCUGGAAACCUUGUUCGAUACUUGGAUUUAGCCAGCAAUUGCCCAAACCCAAAGUGCGGAGGUGUCUAUUUUGAUUGCUGUGUUAGACAAAUCAAAUUUGUGGACUUUUGUGGGAAGUACCGGCUCCCGCUGAUGCACUACCUGUGCUCUCCAGAGUGUUCCUCCCCGUGCAGCUCGGCUUCUCACAGCUCUACGUCCCAGAGUGAGUCUGACUCAGAAGAUGAGGCUAGUGUUGCUGCCCACAGGAUGCAGAAGGUUCUUCUUGGAUGAGAAGGUUUAGAGAAGUGUGAUUAAAACACGAAGACUGGAUGGAAGUGGUUAGAAAAACCAGUGCUACAACUUGAGGUUGUUGAAAAAGCAGUAAGAGAUUUUGAGAAUUUGAGAUUCAUAACCUCAUUUUCAUCACUCAUGGCUCAACUGGAGAUGAUCUGGACACACCUUGCGUUGUGCCAAUUUAUUCAGCAGGAAUUAAUUUCGUUCCAUAUAUGGAUUCUUUGAAUACAUAGUUUGCACAGAACUGCCAUUUCAGAUCUGUUAUAAAAGGCAUUGUGAUCAGUAGCCUGCUUCUUUUUGUAUGUGAGAAAUGGCAUGUAGCAAAGCGGUUUAUUCUGAGGUGCCACUACCACGAUAAACUGUGACUGUUAUAAUCUUGGGGGAGAUGUUGGGCUGGAAAUGGAAGCAAAAACCCAGUGUUAGAAUUAUCGGCCAUAUUCGUGUCCCACCCCACUGCACCACAACCUUAGGAUUAUUCCACCUUCAUGUAAAAUCUAUUCAUGUAGAUUCUCAAAUGAUUUUAUGGGACCUAUCACCCCUUGUGCCCUUUGGGACCUUCAUACUGGUAGAAGUUUGAAGACUAUGAUUUAUGUCUAGGCUUUGAGAACCUGCAUUCCUGCUUCCUUAUUAGAUUGCUGCUGGUAUCCUCAUUUCAUCUUAUUCUACCUCUUAUUUGUGGCUGUGUAUAUAGUGCCUUCAGCUUGACAAGGAUACAGGGCAGCUUAUCCCAGAUCUGGUGCUCCCACAGCCUGUAGCCUUAUUUAUGUAUACUAUACUAUGCAAGGAAUCUUACAGUGUGCUUUUAACAGUGCUAGUAAAGCAAAUAAAUUCCUAAUCAUAAUCUGAGUUCAUAACCGUCUUCCAUUUUUUUCCCUUUCCCAUUUUAAACAAGAAAGAUUCCUAGUAGGUAAAUUACUUUGCUCCAUAUAAGGGAGUAUUUAAUAGUUUUCAGUAUGGAGAAACCAGAAUACAUGAAAAGUUGCAGGAAUAUUUUUGCCUCUAGUAAAAUGAGAAGGCAAAAGUGAUUGAUGAAAAUUGAAACCUUCAUAAUGCCAAAUUAAAAUUAUCUUAUUUUAUUUAUAUCCUGUGCUAGAUUCUUACAUUAAUUGUAUUUUUUAAAGGAAAAUUAAGAUAAACAUUACAAUCUUGGGGUUGUAUGUUCAGUGCACAUAUGUCAUGAAGUAAUAGUACUGCUGUAUGUUUAUGUAGCACUUAAGAAUAUGCCUUCCCGUGAUUGCAUUUAGUUCUCCCCACAGUCAUAUUAAGAAGCAGAAAUGAAUAAUAUUCCCACUUGGGCAUUAAGCAACUUGCAUGGCAGAGCCAGGGACUAGACCCUAGCUCUUCCAACUCCCAGUCCAGUGUUGUUUCCCACUAACCAAGCUGCCUCUCACUUUAUUUGGCAAUAUUAUACCGAAUAAUAUAAUUAUUACAUACACUUUUUUUGUAUUGGAAAGUUUACUGGAGAGCAUUAAAGAUGUAAUGUGCUUUGAUAUAAAGUACUGGUUAAGGUAAUACAAAUGGGACAGAAAGAAGGAAAAAGAAUACAUGUGGUGAACCAGAAAGAACUGUCAGGUGAAUGCCCCAAACUGUCUAAACAGUCUAAAAGCAUUUAGAAGUAGAUUCUUGGUUGGUUGUGAUGCCCAAAGCAUUUAUUUUCUGGACUUUGAUAUCUUACUAUGGCCAUUGUACCAUUAAAAUAGAAUAUUCAGUAAUAAUUAAGAUUAUUAUUUCCUAAUUACCUUAUGGCUAAAAAUGACACAUUUCUAUAUGUGCUCUUUGAUGGUUAAUGCAACUGUAGUAUUUUAUAUGGAAGCAUGUCUUCCCAUCUAGGGAGAUGAGACUAGUCACAUAAGUUUUUUCAGGUAAGAAUGGACACAACCAGAAAAAUGAUUGGUUUCCUUGUUGGUAGUACAGAUCUGUGACAAAGUGGGUUGGAACAAAAUUAUAUGGUUCUGUAUGAAUUUGGGAGUACUCCCUGUAUAUGUGACAUAUAUGGCCAGUUUAUAAUCAUCUUUGGUAAAUGGAAUCAACAGAUGGCUGAAAAAUGAUGGUUUGGGUUAUUAGUUUUGAUCUUCUCUCACAUCAAACUUCUUACAUGAAUUAAUAGUUGAUAGUUUGACGUUCUUUUCGCUGCCUUCCCUCUGGCAGAUAAUACUAGCGGUUGACUGAUGUGUCCAGAAGGCAAAGCAACUAGCAGGGUGAAGUGGAGGCCAGGGUCCAAAUAACCAAUUCCUCAAUAAUACCUAGAAUUCACUCUAUUUUGAAAUGAGUUUCUGUCUUUCUAAUUCUCAUAGCUGUGUUAUUAUAUUUAAGCUAUAAUUUUUAAGUCUGUUAUUUUUUUACCAAAAAACUACACAUUUUUAUGUUGAAAUAAGUUUUCUCUAAUCCAUAAAGUUUAGUUAUUAUUAUAAAAUUAAAACUUUUUUUGUGUGCAAUUUACCAGAUUAUUUCAAAAUUUGAGAAUGCAUUUUUGAAAAUGUUAGUUUGUGUGUUCUUAAGCAUACUCUGGAAAGUCUAAUUCUCACAGCUUUGAUUAACCAAUUCUGAACAUGUUCCUUGUCUCGCCCUCAAUUUAACCUCUGUUAUAGAGGUAGUCAAAUAUUUAACACUAAUCUUGUCUUCCUGUUUUUUGGAGUCACACUGACAGCCUUGAUUGCAUUCUAGUAGAGGAAGUAGUUCUAAUACCUUAUACUUAAUUUUAUGAGCAUCACGUAAUAUAGAGGCAUCAUUUAUUUGUAGUAAUUUUUCUAUAGAAUUUCAAACUCACAGAAUUGCUCUUGAACAUUCAGUACUUUUACAUUGCCAGAUUUUGGUUGCAGUACAUCCAUAAUUAAAUAACAGCUCCUACCCACUAGGGGAGUGUCACAUUGUACACCCCAGUCCUAUUAAGUAUUGUGAAUUCAUGGAUAAGAGAAAAGGGGAUUUGGAGGUGAGGGAUAGAAGUGGGACAAAAGCCAUAAUGAGAUAACAAAGCCCAGAAAAUGAAUGCUAUUUCUAGAUUAUAUUGUCCAUUGUGUCACAGAAUUGGCAUAUCUUCACUUUUAUCAUCAAUUUUCAGUUUGGUAUACUUCUAAGGGAUUUUUCCCAUCUCUGAUGUAAUAAUGAAAGUCAGUGGGAAGUAGGAUUUGCUUAGCAGUUGGAGUGCUGCUUUGGGGAAGGAGUAAGACCUCAUUAAUUUGGAAUUUGUGGUCAUUAAGAUAGAGUUGGACUGAAGUUUAUUUACUUUUGUGGAAUCUAAAAAAAGAGGAAUGCCUAAGCAAAUUUUGAAGCUAUGCAAGGUUUGACCUACUUAAAGGAAACAUGUUUUUUUAAAGCACUUUAGCAUUAGCCAUUUUACAAAAAUGCACUAAUCACAAUUUGACAGCUGUUUUUAAAUAUCAAAUAGUACUGCUUUUAGCUCUAUUAUAUACACUUAAACAGUAAAACUAUUUUAGAAAUGUUAAGUUUACAUUAGAUUGCCCUUCUCCCCAGUUAGGCCAAAUUAGUGGCUUUUUAUUAUAAUGUAUGUAGUCCAAAAUAGCCAAGAAAACCAUGAGUUGAUUUUCAUACAGUCCUUCUAGUAAUCAGGGUUCAAAUACCUCUGGACCAUCUCAGUACUGUUUUAUUUUAGGCAAAAAGUACUGCUAUAAAAUCAUGAUAACAUAGUAAUUUAAGUAUAGUGAUAUGUUCAGACACUAUUAGUGUAAACAAAUGAUAGACUUAUCAUUUGUUGGGAGUACAUUCCAUGAUAAGGAGGGCUCACGUGUUUGGGACCUCCUACUCACACCAGGGCUAGAGUUUGAGGAAGGAAGGCUGGCUCUACAGCCUUUUUUCCCCUGAGCAAAAGACUGGGAGCCCAAGACCAGGGCUGUAGGGUUAUAUGCAAUCACAAGUGCCUGGAACUAAAACUAAUGAACAGAUCAUCUGAUCAGAAGACAAGUUUCUGUUACUGUUCAAACAUAAUAGCAGUCCCUACAACUUAACGUUUAUUUUGUUAAGUAGUAAUACUUUUUUCUUUUGUUGUUGGAAAAAUUGCAAUAUCUUAUUACAUUGAUUUCCUUUGUAAAUACUGUAAUCAAAAAGGAGUAUGAAAGUUUAUAAUAUACAAGUAUAUGUACAUGUCUUAUUCUUUUCCUGUUUCUCCUUAGUUCAUAUUUACUAAGAAUUGAAGAUAAGAUACUUCAUAACUGGUAAUCAGUUUUAUCAAACAUGUAUUGAACCACUCACUGCUUUGGGUGCCAUAAAGUUUACAUAAUCUUAGUUAGAUACGGUCCUUUCCCUUGAGAAGCUAAUAAACUGUUAUUUUGAGCAUCUA